CAUUAGUCAUGAGAUCAUUUACUUCUCCUGAUAAAGUUUACUCUCUGGCUUGCCUUAUUUUGUAUGUCCACCUGGUUUUAUCACCAGUCAUUGGUUUUGCUUCUGCUAGUUCAACUGAAGCAGAGGCUCUUAUCAAAUGGAAGGCUAGUUUUGAGUACCAAACUCAGAAUAACAAUCUUACCUCAUGGACUUACUUUCCCAGUAAUGCCACAAAUUCUUCCACCAAUUCAAACCCAUGCAGUGUUUGGACUGGGAUUUCAUGCAACAAUGCAGGAAGUGUCAACAAGAUGAACCUCACCGAUUAUGGUAUUCAAGGUACGCUGCAUGAAUUUCCAUUCAUCUCGUUACCUAAUCUUGAAUAUGUUGACCUUAGCAUGAAUAAACUCUAUGAUGCCAUCCCACCUCAGAUUAGUUCCCUCUCCAAACUCAUCUAUCUUGAUCUAUCUUACAAUCAGUUUACUGGGAAAAUCCCACCAGAAAUUGGUCUGAUAACAAAUCUUGAGGUCCUUCAUCUAAAUGAAAAUCAGUUAAAUGGCUCAAUCCCCCAAGAACUAGGUCAACUCAAUCCUCUUUACGAGCUUGCUCUGUACGCAAACAAACUAGAAGGUCCAAUUCCUGCUUCUCUGGGUAGUUUGAGCAACCUCACUACUUUGUAUCUCCAUGUAAAUUACCUUUCCGGUUCUAUUCCGGCUUUUCUGGUUAAUUUAACCAACCUGGCUUAUUUGGCUCUCUUUGACAAUCAAUUUUCUGGUUCCAUUCCUCCAGAAUUGGGAAACCUUACAAAUUUGGUUAGACUCAGAAUGGGUGAAAACCAUUUAACAGGUCCUAUCCCUCCAAAUUUUGGAAGCUUAAAAGAGCUAACUUCUUUGUUCUUGAACAACAAUAAUCUUUCUGGUUCAAUCCCGACGUCUUUAGGUGAUCUGAGAAACCUUACCUCGCUCUAUCUGUAUGACAACAAACUUUCUGGCACCAUUCCAAAAGAGAUAGGGAACUUGAAAUCUAUGGUCGAUCUAGAGUUGAGCACAAAUCAACUCAGUGGUUCCAUUCCUACUUCAUUUGGUGACUUGACAAACCUAGAAAUCUUAUUUCUUAAUGAUAACCAACUCUCUGGUUCCAUCCCCCAAGAAAUAGGGAAUCUCAUGAAGUUGACCAUAGUGGAAUUGGAUAAUAACCAAUUUUCUGGUUAUUUGCCCCAAAAUAUUUGCCUAGGUGGAUCACUGGAAAACUUUACAGUAUCCACCAACUAUUUGACAGGUCCACUUCCCAAAAGCUUGAAAACUUGCAAGAGCUUAGUCCGAAUCCGUCUUGAUGGCAACCAUUUGACAAGCAAUAUAUCUGAAGAUUUUGAUGCCUAUCCAAAUCUUCGAUAUAUAGACCUAAGCCACAACAACUUAUAUGGUGAGAUCUCACCUGUCUGGGGACAAUGUCCACAAUUAGCAACCCUCCGAAUUGCGGGGAACAACCUUACUGGCAGCAUCCCACCUGAAAUUGGCAAUGCAACACAAAUUCAUGAGCUCGAUCUUUCAUCAAAUCGUUUAGUCGGGGUGAUUCCUAAGGAGAUUGGGAGAUUGACUUUUUUGCUGCGUCUCACCUUGAAUGAGAAUCAACUUUGGGGUAGUAUACCAUCAGAAUUUGGAUCAUUGACUGAUCUUUUAUAUCUUGAUCUGUCCAGCAAUAAAUUCAAUGAGUCCAUUCCAAGCAUUUUAGGUAACUUGUUUAAAUUAGUCUACUUGAACUUGGGCCACAACAAGUUCAGCGAAGACCUGCCAUUUCAGUUGGAGAAUUUAAAUCACCUGUCCCAACUAGAUUUAAGUGAUAAUUCACUUGAGGGUGAGAUACCAUCACAAAUGAGCAAAAUGCAAAGCUUGGAGAAUCUGAAUCUUUCCCACAAUAAUCUUUCUGGUCUCAUUCCAACAACAUUUGAGCAAAUGCUUAGCUUGAUUUACAUCGACCUAUCCUUCAAUCAGUUACAGGGUGCCAUUCCUAACAACAAAGCAUUUAAAGAUGCUUCAUUGGAAGGGAACAAAGGAUUAUGUGGAAAUGUUUCAGCACUUCAACCAUGCAAGGAAAAGAAGCAUAUCUCAAAGAGGAAUCGAACACUCAUGUUUUUAACCAUUUUCCUUGUUGUGGGAGCACUUUCCCUCGCUUUUGCCGGAGUUGUCUUGAUUAGAAAAGGAAGGGGAAAACAAGGGCAGGAAACAGAUGAUAGCAGCGUGCAACAUGAAUACGUUUUUUCAACAUCGGAUUUUGAUGGAAGAAGAAUGCAUGAAGAAAUCAUCAAGGCAACCAAUGGUUUCGACGCCAUAUAUUGCAUCGGAAAGGGAGGAUCCGGAAGUGUCUACAAGGCAAAGCUACCAUCAGGCAGCAUAGUUGCAGUGAAGAAACUCCAUCCAAUACUUGAGGGUGAAGAGGCGUCUCGGAAGGAGUUCCUCAACGAAAUAAGGACACUAAUAGAGAUUCGGCACCGAAACAUUGUGAAACUUAUUGGUUUCUGUUCACAUGCUCAUCACUCAUUUUUGGUCUAUGAGUAUAUGGAAAAAGGUAGUUUGGCUUCAAUUCUGAACAAAGAACAUGAAGCCAUAAAACUGGAUUGGAGUACAAGGGUGAGAAUUGUAAGAGGUGUGGCUCAUGCCUUGUCUUAUAUGCAUCAUGAUUGCUCUCCACCUAUUGUGCAUCGAGACAUAUCAAGCAACAACAUUUUGCUGAACUACGAAUAUGAGCCUUGUGUUUCAGACUUCGGCACUGCUAAGCUUUUAAAUCCAGACUCAUCUAAUUGGACUGCUCGUGCAGGCACAUAUGGAUAUGUUGCACCAGAGCUCGCUUACACAAUGAAGGUAACUGAAAAAUGUGAUGUGUAUAGCUUCGGAGUGCUGGCGCUGGAAGUGAUAAUGGGAAAGCAGCCUGGUGAUUUAAUCUUCUCCUUUUCGUCUCCAUCUGCCAACGGAGAAGUAUUGCUGAACGAUGUGCUGGACCAACGACUCCCCGUUCCCACACCUCAUGUUCUGGAUGAAUUGGUAACUAUUGCAAGAAUAGCAAUUGCAUGUAAGCAUGCCCAUCCACAAUCAAGGCCAACAAUGCACAUGGUUUCUCAAGUGUUAUCAUCCCGACCUGCCCAUGGACAACAAGAAACUAUACUUCCAGUUCAUUAAUUAAGAUCUAUUUGUAUAUUUUGGGAGUAAGGCACAAAAUUAAGAUGCUCUUCUUUAAUCAUAUAUUUUCGUAUUGAUUGGCCAAAGAAAAAAAGCAUAUUCAUGUAAUGAUGGUACCUGAGUAUUGUAUGAAAGUACAUGUGGGUAUGUAUGUUGGUUGAGAGGAAUUCCUAAUCAACUAGGUUCUGGAUACUUUUGUUAUGUUUUGAGAUUCACAUAUGCAGAUCGGAGGCUCACCACUCUGAGUUCUUGUAUUUGCUACUAUA